AUGGGUGACUGGAGCUUUCUGGGGCGGCUGCUGGAGAAUGCUCAAGAACACUCCACUGUGAUUGGAAAGGUUUGGCUGACUGUCCUCUUCAUCUUCCGCAUCCUGGUCCUGGGUGCAGCUGCUGAAGAAGUCUGGGGCGACGAGCAGUCAGACUUCACCUGCAACACACAGCAGCCUGGAUGUGAGAACGUCUGCUAUGACGAGGCCUUCCCCAUCUCCCACAUCCGCUUCUGGGUGCUGCAGAUCAUCUUCGUCUCCACGCCCACCCUCAUCUACCUGGGCCAUGUACUGCACAUUGUCCGCAUGGAGGAGAAGAGGAGAGAGAGAGAGGAGGAGCUCAGAAAGGCCGGGCGCCACCAGGAGGACCAUGACAAUCUCUAUCACAAUGGAGUUGGUGAUGGAGGUGGUGGGAAGAAGGAGAAGCCACCAAUCCGUGACGAGCAUGGGAAGAUCCGGAUCCGUGGGGCGUUACUGAGGACCUACAUUUUCAAUAUCAUCUUCAAGACUCUGUUUGAAGUGGGCUUCAUCCUAGGACAGUAUUUCCUCUAUGGCUUCCACCUGAGGCCUCUUUAUAAAUGUGGCCGCUGGCCCUGCCCCAACACUGUGGACUGCUUCAUCUCUAGGCCCACUGAAAAAACAAUCUUCAUCAUCUUUAUGCUGGUGGUUGCCUGCAUCUCUUUGGUCCUCAAUCUGCUUGAGAUUUACCACCUGGGCUGGAAGAAAGUCAAGCAGGGGGUUACCAAUGAGUUUGUAUCCGAUAGUGAGUCGCUGCUGGGUCGAGAGAAACCCGGGGAAAUCGAGACUGUUCCUGAGCAUACGUCUCCAUCUGUGUUUGAGUGCUUACCAGCAUAUGCCAGCAUAAGUGUGCUGGGUGGAGCAGCUCAUGAGGGAGCCUACAGUCUAGCUGAGUCUUGCCCCACGGUGAUCUCUGCCCUGGUGCCUGGUGAAUGCAAGAUGGAUGGCACAGGAUUCCACCCAGAUGACCUCCCGCUGGAGGUCUCGCCGGCUUCUUUUCUCAGCAGAAGUGAGAAUGCAAGCAACGGACAUCUGGCUGCAGCAGAACAGAACUGGAGCAACAGGGCACUGGAGCUCAACAAUCUGAAUGGAAAGAACUCCUCCACCCUUCCUCAUCAUCAACCCUCUUCUGCUCCAAACUCCUCCUCCUCUUCUCCUCAGGAGGAGUUUCCACAUCCUUCUACUUUUCCCACCCUUCCCCGCAACACCCCUCUUGCACCGCUUUCGCCGAAGGAGCCAUCAGUGGACGAGGGAGACGACACCGCCACUGCGCCCUCCGUGAUCCCACAUGACGACUCCAAAGUGAUAACCAGGGUGGAGCUCCAUCAGCCUCCCGCCGACAUCCGGAAACCAAGCCGGGCCGGCAGGAGCAGCGGUGUCCGUGCUCGCCCCGAUGACCUGGCAGUGUAG